AUGGGUAAUUCUCAAGGUGGCAUGAAUUCUCCUUAUGGAUUUUUGGGAAAGAAGGAUGAUAAAGAUAAAGGAAAAGAUAAAGAAAAGAAGAAAUUAGAAAGUUCUCCUCCAUCUCAUAUAGGAAAAAGGAAAAAAAAAAAUAAAGGGAAUUCAGGACAUUCUAAAUUACCAAAUGUAACACCAAAUACAAAAUGCAGAUUAAAAUUACUAAAAUUGGAAAGAAUAAAAGAUUAUUUAUUGUUAGAAGAAGAAUAUAUAACAAAUCAAGAGCAAAUAAAAACAACUGAUGAUAAAAAUUAUGUAAAAUUAAAAAUAGAUGACUUAAGAGGAUCUCCUAUGAGUGUUGGAACAUUAGAGGAAAUGAUAGAUGAAAAUCAUGGUAUCAUUGCUACUUCAGUUGGUCCAGAAUAUUAUGUAAACAUUUUAUCAUUUGUUGAUAAAGAUUUAUUAGAACCUGGUUGCUCUGUUUUAUUAAAUAAUAAAACCAAUAGUGUAGUAGGAAUAUUAUUAGAUGAAGUAGAUCCAUUAGUAUCUGUUAUGAAAGUAGAAAAAGCUCCUUUGGAGUCUUAUGCUGAUAUUGGUGGAUUAGAAUCUCAAAUUCAAGAAAUAAAAGAGGCAGUUGAAUUACCAUUAACUCAUCCCGAACUUUAUGAAGAUAUUGGUAUUAAACCACCUAAGGGAGUAAUUUUGUAUGGUCCUCCAGGUACCGGAAAAACUUUAUUGGCUAAAGCAGUGGCUAAUGAAACAUCAGCGACGUUUUUAAGAGUUGUUGGAUCGGAAUUAAUACAAAAAUAUUUAGGAGAUGGACCAAAAUUAGUUAGAGAAAUGUUCAAAGUUGCAGAAGAUCAUGCACCAUCCAUUGUUUUUAUUGAUGAAAUUGAUGCAGUUGGUACAAAAAGAUAUGAAGCAACUAGCGGAGGGGAAAGAGAAAUUCAAAGAACUAUGUUGGAAUUACUAAAUCAAUUAGAUGGAUUUGAUUCAAGGGGGGAUGUUAAAGUUAUUAUGGCUACCAACAGAAUUGAUUCUUUAGAUCCAGCUUUAAUUAGACCAGGAAGAAUUGAUAGAAAAAUACAAUUACCUAAUCCGGAUACCAAAACUAAAAGGAGAAUAUUUCAAAUUCAUACUAGUAAAAUGACUAUGUCUCCAGAUGUAGAUUUAGAAGAAUUUGUUAUGUCAAAAGAUGAAUUGUCGGGUGCUGACAUUAAGGCAAUAUGUACUGAAGCAGGAUUGUUAGCUCUUAGAGAAAGGAGGAUGAAAAUUACGCAAGUAGAUUUGCGUAAAGCUAGAGAUAAAGCUUUAUUUCAAAAAAAAGGAAACAUACCAGAAGGUUUAUACUUGUAA